AUGGCGGGGGGCAUCUCGGGGGGAACGGGGCAGAAAUUGACUCAUGCUACUAUUAUUGUGGCUGGAGUUGCUUCUUUGGUAGCAUCGUUAUUGUCCAUUGUUUCAGUAUGGCUCCAAACCAAAAACUACCGCAAGCCACUCCUCCAACGAUAUGUCAUUCGAAUCUUGCUCAUGGUACCGAUAUACUCGAUAUCAUCAUGGUCCAGCAUCGUCUCAUUGAAGGUUGCGAUGUUUGUCGAUCCUAUCCGUGAUAUUUAUGAGGCUUUCACGAUAUAUACCUUCUUCCAGCUCUUGAUCAACUUUCUGGGCGGGGAACGAGCUUUGAUAAUCAUGAUGCAUGGACGCGAGCCGGUGCACCACCUAUGGCCCCUGAACCACUGCCUUCCAACCGUCGAUAUCUCGGAUCCCCAUACGUUCUUGGCCAUAAAGCGCGGGAUCCUACAAUAUGCCUGGUUGAAACCCGUUCUUGGUCUUGCAGCUAUCAUCAUGAAGUCCACUGGAACGUACCAGGAGGGAUAUCUCGGCUUAACAUCGGGAUACCUUUGGAGUGGAAUCGCAUAUAACAUCAGCGUUACUGUCAGUCUGUACUCUCUCGGAUUAUUCUGGGUUUGCAUGGCGAAAGACCUUCGGCCUUUCCGGCCCGUCCCCAAGUUUCUUUGUAUCAAGCUCAUAAUUUUUGCUUCGUACUGGCAAGGGUUUUUUCUAUCUAUCCUGGUCUGGUUAGGUGCUAUCCCCGACGACGUUGAAGGCUAUACUCCAGACAAUCUUGCUGCAGCUAUUCAGGAUGCGUUGAUCUGUAUCGAGAUGCCUAUGUUUGCUGUUGCUCAUUGGUAUGCGUUCUCCUGGCAUGACUAUGCAGAUGUCACUAUCUCUGCAGCAAGAAUGCCCGUUUUAUACGCAAUCCGAGACGCAUUUGGAGUCCGAGACCUCAUCGAGGACACUAAGGAGACUUUCAGCGGUAACAAGUACGAAUACCGCCUCUUCGAUUCAGGUGAUAAUAUCCUGGCACAUGAGGGGUCCUCCUCGCGGGUUGCGAGAAUGAUGGAAGGUAUGAGAUAUGAACGCGGAGGGAAGGGCAAGUACUGGAUUCCCCGGCCUGGUGAGGCAACCUCGCGAACCCCACUUCUUGGUGGACCUAGUCGGGGAUCCAAAUUCCAACAGAACGAUGAUCAAUAUACAAGGUAUGGAAAUGGAUGCAUCGAUGAGCCAGUUCUUGAUCCGGAUGAGGAAGAUCUAUACCAAAGGGCCCGAGAGCUAGAGUUCGGCGACUGGAAUUACCCGGUGAUCACUGCCCACGAAGCACUUCGAGAAAGGUGGCUCACCGGACAGCCUGGUCUAGUCACCACCUCAGCCAAUCGCAAUCUGCUGCAGCCAACCCAAGACAAUGCCAUCAGACGAGAAGGCAACAUAAGAGAGAUCGUUGAAGAGGUGACUAGAACGAAGAGCCAGAGCAAACAUAAAAAGAGCUCUUCCCAAGCCAAGAGGCACAGUAGUUCUAAGGGCAAGCAAGCCGAUAAAUCGGAUGGCGAGGAAGGGCGGGCGCCGAUGUUGAAAGGCAUGCUGCGGCACCACUCUUCAGAAUCGAGCUCAGCGAAAUCCGACCGCAGCCAGCUUGUGGACCUCGUGGUUGAAGACACGAUGGCAGAGGAUAUCGAGAGGAUCCGGGCCAGAAAGGAAGGCAGUGCGGGCUGGAAUGAGACGGAGCAGAAGCGUUUUGUGCGAACGUACGGGAAGGGCACUGGCGAAGACAUCCGGGAGGGUUAUGAGCCGACGGAUGAUGUUGCGGCUGUUGAUCCCAAGGAGGACGAGGGGGUUGAGGAGGGGCAGGAUGUUGAAGAGAGGCACAGCGCUGAUGACUCUGAAGAGUCACGGCAGUGGAAUGAAGCACGAGAGCCGGCGGUGGUGCUCCAACCGAAGUAUGGCCUGGACGGCGAGGCGUUUGAGAAUGUUUGGGGCGAGGCUUCGACGCAGGCAAGAGAGCACCCUUGA